GCUGUAUCGUUUUGGAAUUAGUGACUAUAAUGUUCUUUUUAUCAAACCAAAUAAACUUUCAACAAUGCAAGGAAAAGGAAUAAAAAUUUCUCUCUUUAUAAUCACCUCUAUACUUACUGCAAAAAGAACUUAAUGAAUCAGGAAAAGCUAAAUCAGUUUUACGCCAGAAGUUGAAUGAAUAACAAAAUUUUGAUUAAUUUAUUCAUGUUAUGAAAGAAUGUUCUUCAAAAUUAUUUUGUUUUCGUUUUUUGGUACGAUUGUUCAUGGUAAACUUUCCAAAGAUGCAUUUAAAGGACAAUGUAAGUACAUUUUUGAAGUACCUAGGUAUGUCUGAGGGUAUCCAUAUUGUAUUCGGUAAAGUACUUAAAGGCUUUAUAGCAAUUGCAAAAAUCAUGGCAUCAUAACUGAGCACCUAUUUAUUCUUAUAAAAAUUGUGUUCGAAAGUGUAAAAAGGGAGAGAUUCAGGGUGGCAUAUUAUCAACGACACUUGUUCUACGCCAUUAGAAAAAAAACAGGCUUCUACAGUGCUAACUAAGUAUCCCUUCUAUGACUAUGGUUCUGUACUUCUGCAUCCAGAUUGCACGGACCCUCGCACGAACAUGAGGCACGAGGCGUACUCGGAGUGGGCGGACGCGUACUCCUGCUCUCGACACCGCUGCCAGCCGGGGGGGCGCAACCUCGCCAUCUACACCGUGGGAUGCAAACGCGUAGAACCUCCAGAAUCAGCGAUAGAAUGCGAAGAGGUAGUUGAGGAUACCAACAUGCAGUUUCCAUACUGCUGCACACGACUGAGAUGCCUGGUGGUGGUCCGAGGGGAGGUCUGGACGCGAGUGCUUGGUCAGCCGUGGGAGAAGCUGCCGUCAGCCCCCUGGAGCCACAUGUACAAAAUGAAGAAACCCCCUCCGCAAGACGAGCAGCCCGUGGACUUGAAAAAAGCCGACAUAGGCCCUGUGUUUGAGCUCUCAGAAAGUGAAAAGGGUACUUUCAGGAGUAAAUCAUUGAGGAAAAGUAAUCCGAGUGACUAUACGGGAAAACCUCAGAUAAAGGAAUCUGAAAACUUGAUGCAGGAUCUUAUGAUGAACACAAUGUACAAUAACUCUUUUGAAAAACCAAAUAAAUCCCGCAGAAAAUAUGAGCAUCCUCCAGCCGAUGACGAAAUAGCGGUAGACGAUGACGCCCUAGCUGAGAAACAAGAAAAGCAGGAACCAUUCUGGCAGCUUGAUGAAGAAGGAACAAGAAAAUCACAAGACGAUACUGGCGGAGCAAACGAUGAUUUUAAGAUGAACCGUAAUGAGGACCAUACCCCACAAGAAGAGGAGGAUCAACAGAACAGCGUGGUGGGGACAUCCCCAAACUUGCAGACCCUAGUAGACGCCAUUGGGUCGAGAAUGCGGGGCAUUGAAAGCGUGGUCCAGAAGAUGAGCAAUAAAGUGCAGAAGAAAAAGGAGACUUUGGCCACAUCGGAAUUGAAGUUGUCCAAGGAUCGGAGGACCAAGUACCUCCCCAUAGCAACAGACUUCAGCACGGAUCCUCCAUUAUUUGAACCGGCAGAACCAGUUUACAUGGCACCAGUACCGACUGAGGGGACUCGCCGUAGAAGCAUCGUACGGAAGUUAAUAGUCGAUACUUCAGAUGAAACUGAUAAUCAACGCAAAAAGCACAAGCAAAAACAUGUGAAGAUCAUAAAGAUGGCCAAAAAACAUCAUAAAGCUGAUAAAACGGACAAACGCAAAAGAUUUAACAAAAUUCAUUUGAAUUCGGUGGAGGAAACUGGGGGAACGUCGGUGGAUGAUAGCCAGCAGGAGUAAACAAAAUUAUUUAUUAAUAAACUGUUUAGGUGUAAGGUGUUUUA